AUGCACCGAUGUUCAGGAGAUUGGCUGCCACAGCUGGCAGAGUACUGCUGUUGCGACUCUGGCUACGCGUGGGUUUCGGGUACCGCUGGCGCCUGUGUGCUGAAGACGACCACACCUGCACCACCCGAUUUUGAGCAGGGCGCCAGCAGAGGCCGACUCCUAUUCUGCGAGACGUUCGAUGAAGAGGAUCAAGCCGAGCUUGUAUCUCCAGGGCUCAUCACGCAGUUUAACGAGGCGGCCGUCCAAAAAUGGGUCGCGGAAGUCUUGACAGAAGCCGGGUACGAUGGAAGCGUACCUCAAGCUACCGCAGCCCUCGAGAAGCAUCACGUCAAUGGUGAAGCUCUGGUAAGCCUGUCGCCCUGGCAGCUCAUGGCGUACGGAAUUGAUGAAGGGCCAGCUGAGAUCAUCUCGUCCAAAGUGCAGACUUCCUCCAAAGUGGAGGCCCUGUCUUGGACGCCCCUGCGUCGGCUGUCAAGCGGAACAAGCGGAUGCGCAGAGGAGGGCGAUGGCACAAGGGACGAUGGAGACGCGAGCUUUCACACCGGAAGCAGCGGCUGCACUGAGGGGGCUCAGGAACACCAUCGGGGUCUUCACACAGGCAGCAAGGGUUGCAGCAAGUCCUCAACGGGAACGCGGGGAUGCCACCAGCACCAUUCGAGCGGCGCACGCGGCUGCCACAGCAACUACAAGUCUGGCUCUCAAGGUUGCCACCACGUGCACCAUGCGGCGCGCGGCUGCGACUCAGGGGUGCAGGGCUGCCACUCUGGGGUGUGUGGCUGCCAGGACCGGUCCGACCUCGGGGAUGCAUUUGCGUUCUUGCUGCUCUUUCCCUUCGUGCUGCUGGUCGCGGUGGGCUUGGUGGUGCACUCCUUGGCGGCCCUGCCCAUAGUUCUGGCAUACUGGGUGGCCUUCCCUGUGUUCCUUGCCAUGGUCGCAUUUAGUACCGGCAGCUUUCUCGCGCUGCUGUGCUCCGGCUGCAGUGCCGUCGUCUGGGCAGCCGGUGUAGUCUGGAUCCGUCUAGCUGGUACAGAAGCAGACGGAUCCCUACUAAACACAGGCUCAGGCGAGGACUAG